GCCGAUCCUUUUCUGUUGCCCCAAUCGCUCGUUGUGUCUAAACCAAUAUUUGUUCGUGGUAAAUUUUCCAAAGCUUUUCAACUCAGUCUAAAACAACCCGAAAAUCCCGACCCUGAUAUAGGUCUCGAUAAGACCAUGGCAGAAACAAUCCCGAUGAUUGCUUGGUGGUUCCUCGACAAGAAAAAAGCAUUCGAAACCGAACAGAAAUAUAAGGAGACGAACAAGAAAAUCGCUGAAGUUCUCCUUGCUCAAGAACAGGAACAUUCAGCUCGGCUGGAAGCCGAACGAAAAGAAGAGCAAGAACGCUUAGCUCGAAAAGAAGCAGAGCGCCGCGAAAAGCAAGAGCGUAUAGCUCGAGAACAAGCGGAGCUUAGAGAAGAGCAGGAGCGCUUAGCCCGAGAACACUCAGAACACAGAGAAGCGCAGGAACGUCUGGCCCGAGAGGAGGCAGAGUCCAGGGAAGAACGAGAACGCUCGGCUCGGAACGGGGCAGAGGUUAGGGAGAAAGAGGAACGUAUAGCCCGAGAAGAAGCUGAGAAAAGGGAGGGACAAGAGCGCUUAGCUCGACUGGAGGCAGAACAGAGAGAAAAGCAAGAGCGUCUGGCUCGAGAGCAAGCAGAAUACAGAGAAGAACGGGAACGUCUAGCUCGACAAGAAGCAGAGCUUAGAGAGGAACAAACGCGCUUAGCUCUAGAGCUGGCAGAACUUAACGAACGUUCAGCUCGAGAGGCCGAGAGGAAGGAAAGAUAUGAGCGCGAACUGCGCGAACUCGGUGUUCUGCCAGACCGUAAAAUCACCGACGUCGAUAUCAAAUAUGCCCGCGCCGUCGCAGGAUACGAAGACGGAUGCGUCAAUAUCGCCCUUAUCGGCAACCGAGGAACGGGCAAAUCCUCCCUCAUCAACUCACUGCGCGGUUUAAGUCACGAUGAUCGAGAAGCGGCCGAAGUGGGUGAUAUCGAAACAACUUUGAGACGGAAAAAGUAUAACGACGGCAAAGGCAUCGUCUGGUAUGACAUCCCGGGAUCGGGAACUCGAAACGUUUCGGCAUGGCAGUAUUACUAUGACAACGAUCUUUACAUUUACGAUAAGAUCGUGCUUGUCCACGGUAAAAUUCUGACCGAAUCAGACUUCAGGAUCCUCAAGCUAUGCCAAUAUAGAAAGCAAGAAUGGGUUUCGGUGCGUUCCAGGGCCGAUUUACACAUAUGGAACUAUAAACGACGAAGGGGAAUGUGCCCCGCCGAGGCUCGCCAGUGCUAUAUCGACGCUGUUCGGUCAGACAUAGCUACGUAUAACGCACGAGACGAGAAUUCUGUCCAAGAUUUAAAGCUGUCCGUGAGAGACUACAUAGUAUCCGACAUGGGUGUUCUCCAGCUCGUCACCGGAUCAGAGCCAUCUGAAGAUCCCACCGAACAAGUAAUCGACGAACACGCCUUCUUGGAGAAAUUGGGAUUGUCGCCCAGAUGAACGAAGAACAAAUAAUGGGUAUUUGCCUUGUUCGAAUUUCCCUUACGUUCACCCCCUUUCCUUCUUUCCUCGGGAGUUAUGUUUUAGGAUUGAGAAUGCCGUUAUAAAUGGAAUAAGUCAACUAACCUAGGAUUCCUCGGCGGAGUGAGAUCGUAGGCUAUGUGUGUGGGAGAAUAGGGAUACGUAUCUGAGAACAUCAUUCUAAAAUCUUGCCGGAAGAAAGA